UUGCGUCAGUUCGUCCUUUCGGCGCGAUAAAAAAGAAUUGUCAUUUUUCAUAUUUUAUCAUUAUAUUUGUGAAGAAAAGGGACUCGCGAGUCGCUCGCAAAGCAACGAGUGCGCGCGUUCGCCUUUGUCGCGAUUGCGAGCAAACGGUGGAGAAGCGAUCCCUUCCUCAUUUCAUGAUCACUGGAUCAGUCCGCUGACCGGACAUAACCGCUGCAUCGAUCCGACACAGCCCGCUCGCCCGCCCACCCUCCUCGUCCAGCGGCGUAUAUGGUAAGAGGUUAUGUUGACUCUGUCAGCUUGCAUCGCGCGAUUCACGAUUGCUUGGUGUGAAGUGAGCAGACGGAUUGCACGUGCAACUUAAGAUUGUGAUUUUUAGCCACAGAGGCGAUCGACGAGAACGUGAGCGAUAAGAAAAAUGGAGCGCGCUCUGAUAAGCGCAACGACAAUCGCACGUGCAACGCCCGGGCUUCCGGAGCGAAGCUACUCCUCGCCGUGAGCAAAAAAAAUAAUGCUCUGUCGAAUGUCGUUGUCGUUCCUAGGCUUCCUCCGCAGUGCUGGCCACGGGGUGGACCAUCAAUGUCUUGCAGAGGAGCCGCCGCCAUCGUCGCCUGCACGUCGAGACGACGCAGUCGGGAGAAAAUCGGUUCCGAGGCAACGGAAUGCGUGCCUUCCGACACGCUCUUUGCCCUGUCGAAGACGGAGGGGAUCGCUAAGAAGGAUAGAAGAAUUAGGAAAAAUGAGGCUUGGCACCAGACGACGGUCAGCAAGAGCGCCGACGUCGUCGAGACGGUAGCCGAUUUUGAGAAAUGGCUGAAGAUGCGCAACACGGAGCCAUCGGUAUCAACAAGCAUGGAUCUGGACGCGGCCAAGGUGGUGGAGGGUGUUGAUCGGUAUCUGAGCGAGGAGGUGCUGUCGCAUGGCUACUUUCUAAGUAAGGAUCCGUAUGGUUUGUCCAUCGACAUCGAUCUGGCAGAUGCCAAGAAGCUCAAUUUGUCAUCGGGCUAUGAUCCGAUACUGCAGGAUCUGACACAGAGUGAGAAUCGAUUACUAGAACCUCCAUGCGAGAAGGUCGUCGAUGAGUUCAUGCUGCCAGAAUUUCAAUUGGAUCAUCUAGAUCCUCUGGCAGCGCUCUCAUCAGAUGACAUGAUGGUAGCCGGUGAGAUCCUACCAUCCACCAGCAGCCAAUCGAUAUUAAAUCAAAUAGAGAACCAAGACGUUGAACAAAUUGCUCCAAAAAUGGAAGUUUUAGAGCGUAACACUGAAGUAGCCUGUGAGAAAUCUACGCAGGUUGCUCUCAAUGAAAUACCAGUGAAUUUAGAAGCAAUGAAUAAGAUGGAGGAUAUAAAGUCAGAGCAGGAAACUGCGAUACAGUGUUCAAGAAGUUCUUCGGAACUUUUUAUUGAGGCGUUAUCAUCGAUAGAGGAGAACUCACCGAAUUCCAUAGAAACAGAUACUCAAAGUAGCAUAAUAGAACAAUUGAAAUCGAAGACUAGAAUGAAACUUGAACCGCGUAUCAUUAAAAAGCGUCGGCAGAUGACGGAACGAUUAGAGAAGAAGCUUGACAAGCACAUCAACGGAAAGAGUUUCACCAAUACGGAUUCGCAGGAUGGCGUAAUGGCUGUGGUUGCCAUAUCUACUGAUAAAAUAUCCAACACGACGCAGAUUGUCAUCAACACCGGAACGGAGAAGCAAAUCUAUCAGGGCAAAACUUCGGAGCUGAUCGAAGCAACAGGCAACUUUCCGAAAUUGCCCAAGAUAGAUACAUCUACUGCGAUCUGGAACGGUAACAUCGAGUAUAAUGUUGAUAAUAAUCCGAGUAGCUCGUACGAAAUUGUCAUAUCCAAUGCGCUGGAGGAACUAGGCAUCACCGAUGACAGUUUGCAACCUGUAAGCGUUACCGAGCACGACAAAGUAUGGCUCUGCCCGCGAGCCGGUUGCAACAGGCAAUUUGGUAGACUGUACACUUUAAAAGGUCACUUGUUGGCUCAUUAUGGAGUUAGACCGUUUAAGUGUGACUUCGAAGGCUGCACUUGGGCCUUUUAUUCCGAAUUCAAGUUAAAAAGACAUAAGGAGACGCAUCUGAAGCGCAAGGAUCAUGUGUGCCAAGUGGAAGGUUGCAACCGUCGUUUCACCACUGUCUACAAUCUGUGGAGCCACGAGAAAUUACAUAGUCGUCCAAACCGGAUUGUUUGCCAGGUACCGAACUGUGGCGAAAAAUUUCAGACGAAGCGGGCACUGGAACUGCAUAUGAAAUCGCAUGAUCAACGCCACGCGCCUUAUGUUUGCCAACACGAAGGUUGCGGCAAGCGUUACUACAGCAGCAACGCGUUGACGUCUCAUCAGCGAUCGCACAGCUAUAAAGAAGUGGACAUCAAGUGCUCGUGGCCGGGCUGCGGGAAAGUUUUCGAUAAACCGUGCCGACUCAAGGCCCACACGCGCUCUCAUACCGGCUGCAAACCUUACCAUUGUACGUUUCAGGAUUGCAAAUGGGCAUUUUCAUCAUCCAGUAAACUUAAGCGCCAUCAGAAGAAGCAUACCAACGAACGCAAAUUCAUGUGUGAUGCACCGGACUGCGGUAAGGCUUUCAUGCGUUCGGAACAUUUAAAGGAGCACCGGCUGACACAUAAGGAAGGCCGAUUUUUCCAAUGUUUUGUAUGCGAUGCUCGAUUCUCUGCCAAGAGCAGUCUUUAUGUGCACAUUAAAAAGCAUCAGCAGACCAAGACGGACGUAAGCCUAGCCGACAAUGUGCCGACAGAAUUCGGCUAUACUUCCGGCGAUCAGAAACGUUCGAAAACGGACGAAUCUGAUUGCUUGCGAGUGAAACCGAUCGUCAAGCCGAAACAAAAAUCCACGGAACUAACGAAUGCCAUAGAAACUGUCACGAAGGAAGAUGACGCCGAGAAGCCGAAUACGAUAUGCGACAUCAGUACGCGUUCCCAGAAUUCUCAGGAUCAACUGGAAUGGUUGUAUCGUUGUCCGAUAGAGAUGUGCGAUUAUCUGAUUGGAAACGAGACGAGUCUACGCGAGCACUUACUGAAGAUGCACGGUAUACAUUGCGACGAUCUGCUGGAUAAGCCGUCUUCGGACGUUACUAAUACAGACUACAUUCUAUAUGCGGUGCACGAAUCACCCCCAACUUCGCCAAUCGCCAUCGAGGAAGAACAGAUGGUUAUGGUAACACCAUGCGACGCCGUUAUCCUCGGCACCUCGUCAUCAAGCGCGGAUCGUCGAUGUCUACCGGAACCGGAACCGCCACCUUUCAAUACUUUACUUAAGAGUUCGGAAUCGCUACAUACCGAUGUCUGUGCCGAGCAAAUUGACAAGGGAAUUCUAUCGAUCAAGAAAGAUCAGAAUUCUGCGAGGACAGAUCUGACAUAUUCGGAUUGGUCCAGGCUGAAGAAAAACGGCACACUGACGGAUUCGAUAGUGACAAACACAUCGGAUGUUGCACUGGGUACAAGUAGUGAUCUGAGCGAGAAUCUAUUGCUCACGGAGGAAUUACCAUCGAUGUAUUAUCAGGACGAUGUGGCAGGUACGGAAUAUCAGGUGUUAUUAUUGGACUCGAGUCCACUUGAGAGUGCCGUUAAUUUGCGCGGUCUCGAAUGA